AUGGCGUACACCGGGCUGAUCCUGGCCGUGCUGACGAUCGUCCUGUCGGUCGUGUGCUACUUCAAGAUCCUGUACGAGUGGCACCGGAAGGUGCGCAUCCAAACCGCACGGCCGGCCAGGCUGAAGAAGCUCCCCACCACCGACCAGCCGCAAUCAACCACCGAGCUGGUGACGUUCCCGCAGGCACCCGGCCCGGUACCGUGGCCGAUCCUUGGCAGUCUCGCCUUUCUCGGCCAGUACGAGGUCCCGUUCGAGGGGUUCACGGCGCUGGCGAAGAAGUACGGUGAUCUGUACAGCAUCACGCUCGGCUCGACCCGCUGCCUCGUCGUCAACAAUCUCGACCUCAUCCGGGAGGUGCUGAACCAGAAUGGGCGCUACUUCGGCGGUCGGCCGGACUUUUUGCGCUUCCACAAGCUGUUUGGCGGUGACCGGAACAACUCACUAGCCCUGUGUGACUGGUCGACCCUGCAGCAGAAGCGUCGCAACCUCGCCCGGAAGCACUGUUCGCCGAGUGACGCCUCCAGCUACUACCAGAAGAUGAGCGACGUGGGUGUGAUGGAGAUGCACCGCUUUAUGGACCAGCUAGACGAGGUGGUCACGCCGGGCAAGGACUUCAAGGUGAAGCCGCUGAUCAUGCAGGCCUGCGCGAACAUGUUCAGUGAGUACAUGUGCUCGGUUCGGUUCGAGUAUGGUGAUGCGCAGUUCCUCGGCGUGGUGCGCAACUUCGACGAGAUCUUCUGGGAGAUCAAUCAGGGGUACGCGGUCGACUUUCUGCCCUGGUUGGCGCCGUUCUAUCACCGGCACAUGAGCAAGCUGACGCGCUGGUCGGCUGAGAUUCGGGACUUCAUUCUGGAGCGGAUCGUCAACGAACGCGAGCAGACCCUCGGGGACGAUGAGACGGAGCGUGACUUUGCGGACGCGCUGUUGAAGAGCCUCCGGCUGGAUCCGUCCGUCACGCGUGACACCAUCAUGUACAUGCUGGAGGACUUCCUCGGUGGACACUCGGCGAUCGGGAACCUCGUGAUGUUGGCGCUUGGGUAUGUGGCACGACACCCGGAGGUAGGGCGCAAGAUCCAGCGCGAGAUCGACCGGACGACGGAGAAUGGUCGCCGGAACGUGACGCUCUACGACACCGAGAGCAUGCCGUACACGGUGGCGACCAUCUUCGAGGUGUUGCGGUACUCCUCCUCACCGAUCGUGCCACAUGUCGCGACUGAGGACACCUGCAUCGCUGGGUACGGCGUCACCAAGGGUACGGUCGUGUUCAUCAACAACUACGAGCUCAACACCUCCGAGCGGUACUGGACCGAACCGAAGCGCUUCAACCCAAGCCGGUUCAUCGAGACGGCCACGCUCGCGCAGAUCCGCACCGAUCUCGGUGACUCGCCAACGGCACGUCAGGACCUCACCGGUAUCAUCCGGACGCACGGUGUUAGCAGCGAGAACGAGUGCACGAUCCGGAUCGAGCGGUUGCGCAAGAACAUCCCACACUUUCUGCCGUUCAGCAUCGGCAAGCGGACCUGCAUCGGGCAGAACCUGGUGCGCGGGUUUAGCUUCAUCAUCAUCGCAAACAUCCUGCAGAAGUACGACGUCCACUCGAACGAUCUCGAGCAGAUCAAGAUGUACCCGGCGUGUGUUGCCGUGCCUCCUGACGCGUACCCGCUCGCUUUUACCCAACGCACCCCGGUGGCCCAGUGA